AAUUUUCAAAUUCAAAUAGCCGUUGCUUCCAACUCCCAUUAAUGGCAUCGGACACAAGAAAAAGAACAUUUCUUCAUUUCAAAAUCACCCCACACAAACUUCCCCCAAGAUUCACUGUCUCAUUGUCUAAACCCAUCCCCAUAACAUAAGAUUUCCAAUCUUUGUCCAAACCAUUCUCGAAUCAUGGCUGGCUGCAAGAAAACCACAAUUUCUCGUCAGUCUUCGUACACUUCCAUGUACCGUAAUCCCCUUAUUGAGCAGAAACACCACCGCAGCUCUAGCGAGGGAGGCGGAAACAGCGUUUCUCUUGGAGCCCACAUGCGCCGGAAUUUAGAAGUUAUCAGUGAUGAUAAAGAGAAUGCUGAGCCAAAUGUGAAGCCCGGAAAACAGUACUGUGAUGGCAAAGAAAAUGAAGUCCCCGGUGAUGGGAAUACGCCAAUCUUGAAAGAGUUUUCAGGUAGGACUACUCAGAUGAAGGAGAAUUUGUUGAAGCCAUCUUCGCUUCAGUUGUGCAUAAAGAAAUACGAGCCUGAUUCGAAUAUUGGAUUGAAGAUAUGGGAUUCCGUUGAUUCGGAGAAAUCGAAUUCAGUCAAUGUGUGGGACUAUUCUGAUUCAGAAGCUGCACCGGCUUCGUCCUGGUCGGCUUUGCCUAACAGGGCCUUGUUAUAUAGGCCUUUGCCUGUGGAUGUUGGGAGGUGCACAUGUAUAAUAGUGAAGGAAACAUCGCCCGACGGAUUCGAUGGAGGAACUUUGUACACAUUAUAUACAAAUGAGGGUAAGGGGCGGCAAAAUCGCAAACUUGCUGUGGCUCUUCACAGAAGGCGUAGAGGAAGAUCAGAGUUCACAAUUGCUCAAAAUGCAAAAGGGAUAAUGGCACGUUCCGAGGACAGUUUAAUCGGGAUAGUGACUGCUAAUCUUGUGGGCUCGAAGUACCAUAUAUGGGAUCAGGGGCAUUGUCUGAAUUCCUUGACUAAACACCCCAAAUUAUUGGCUGCUGUGAAAUUUAUCCCUACUGUAUCAACCUGGACUGGGAAUUAUCGAAGCAUGAAGGCAUGGAUUCCAAAGCACCAAUCUAUGCAGCUAAAGAAUACAAAUCAGAUACAACAUAUUAAUGGAUUGCCGGCGGAAUGGGAGGGGAACAAGGACAAAGUUCAUCAGCUAUUUUCAAAAGUCCCUUCUUACAACAAGUUCUCGAAACGGUACGAGUUAGAUUUCAGAGACAGAGGACGGGCAGGUCUUAAAAUCCAGAGCUCAGUCAAGAACUUCCAAUUAACUUUGGAGAGGAACGGGAAGCAAACGAUUCUUCAGCUCGGACGGCUGGGGAAGUCCAAAUAUGUCAUGGAUUACAGAUAUCCAUUGACCGGUUAUCAAGCCUUCUGCAUGUGUUUGGCUUCUGUCGAUUCAAAACUCUGCUGCACAGUAUAAGUCAAGUCCCCAAGGUCGUGAGUUCAUCCUCCGAACAUGAGCUUAUUGGUGGUUCCUCUACCGUUUCCU